GCGAUAUCGCCGUAAUCGCUGUCAUCUACGUGCGACCAAAGAGAUGGCACCACCUCCCAACGCGAAAGAAUCCCAAAUCGAACCGAGCGAGCCGAUCGAAAAGGACCUCACCCCAAGUUUACCAGUCGUGGAUCAUAGCACCCCAACUAACCCUUUAACUCAUGAAACAGAAAAUGAAAAUCAGGUAGGCAGUUCUGGCAGUAAUGGAGGUCGAACGCCGAGUGAAAGUGACGCGGGACAAGAAGAGACAAUCCCUCGUCAAACUACGCGAGUGCGACGUUCGCCAGAUUGGCAUAAAGAUUACGAGAGACACUAA